UGGUGAAACAUUUUUUAGCUAUAUAAAUAAAGUGAGCGAGUUUUAAACGCUGCAGUUGAAGCAGUUCGCUUUUCCAUUAGGCUAUGAUUCAAUUCAAUUUAAUUUCUUAACAAUGGCAUCAUGUGAAAAUACAAAGUUACGAAUAUGUUUGCUUCAGUUUUUGGAUAAAGGCGACUUAACACAAACAUUAAGCCACCUGGAGGAAUUAGUUGAAACAGCAGUAAAACAACAUCAACCGCAUAUAAUUGCAUUGCCCGAAUGUUUCACUUUUGCUUAUGAAACAGAACUUCCCAUUUUGAAUGCGAAUGCUGAAACAAUAAAAGAUGGCAAAACAUGUCAAACGCUGUCUGCUCUCGCGAAAAAAUUUAAUUUACACAUAGUAGGCGGUUCAAUUGUUGAACGUGAUGGUGCAAAUCUCUAUAAUACGGCAACAGUUUGGAAUGAAAAGGGUGAAUUGAUCGCAAAACAUCGAAAAGUUCAUUUGUGUGAUAUUCAUUUCAAAAAUGAAAGUGAUAUUGUUGAAGUGAAUAGAUUUACGCCCGGAGAGAAUACAACCACCUUUGAAAUCAACGGUAUCAAAUGCGGUGUUGCAAUUUGUUAUGAUGCCUUUUUUGAUGAAUUUAUCAAAACGUAUCGGAAAUCGGCAUGUGAGGUGCUGUUUGUUCCUGCUGCAUAUGAUCUCUGCAUUGGACCUCCAUAUUGGGAAUUAUUCCAUCGAUCUCGAGCUAAUGACAAUCAACUCUUUGUGGCUGCAAUAUCACCGGCACGCAAUGAAAAAUCCAAUUAUGUAAUCUAUGGACAUUCCAUGAUUAUCGAUCCAACCGGAAAGAUUUUGACAGAAGCUGGCAUACGAGAAGAAAUUAUUUUCCAUGAAAUUGAUAUAAAAGUUUUGCAAAGAGUUCGAGAGGCACUACCAUUGUUCAGAGCAAGAAGACCAGAAGUUUACGACAAAAUCAAAUAAAUACGAUUCUUUUUUUAACACCAUAAUUCUUUUUGUACAUUUUUAGUUUCGCAU